UAGCUAAGGAAGACCGUCUUUCUGUGAAGAUCUGUCUGAUGAUGAAGCUGUCUUGUUCCUUGAGGUUCUGUUCUGUGUGUAAUCCGUAUCUCUUAUGCUAGCUCAUGGAUUUUUGUUGAUGUUUAACUACUAAUUGCAAUUUAUUCGAGAUCAAAUAGUGCAAAUGAUGGAGGCGCCGUCGUAGAGAUGAGGCACUCGUGAAAUUUUUGAUCGGGUCAAAUGCCACCACUUUCAUGGAAAUUUUCCCAGAAACCAAACAGAAAGGUGGAAGGGUUCAAGUAAAGAAAGAAACUUCUUCUUUGAAAGCUCAUAAAUCCUUCAUCCCACGAUCACAUUUCUCGCUUUCUCACUUGGGUGUUGGAAAAAACAAGAAUUGGGAGGAGGAAAAAAAGCAAUCGGGGUUUACAAAAAUGGCGGUUCAGUGGGUUCUGCUGUGUCACGGGUUGGUGACGUUUACCGUCGUCGUCUCCUUCCUCUGUGGCCGAUGGCCCGUCUUCAAAAACACACCAAUUGAAUGGAUCCACUACUUCCUCACUUUCGGCGCCUACGAUUACCUCCUCCGGUUCGUCGGCGUGGUGUUUGGUUCGAAGGGCUCGGACGCGAUUUUGUCUGUGGAGUAUUACUGUUGUGAUCGGCCCAACCCUAUAUUGCAAAUCAUGUAUCUAGGGAUUAUUGGAGCGACGUACUUUGCAAUUGCAAAAUCUUCCUUUGCCUAUAUCCCUGGAUACUAUAUUGGAGAAGUUCACAAGUACACAAGUUUUCUGGCUGUUAUUAUCGGUGUCAUACUUUUCCUAUUGACGAGCUUUUCUGAUCCAGGAACUGUGAAGGCUGAGAAUGUUUCGCAGUACAUUUGUGCUUACCCUUAUGAUGAUAUCAUAUACUCUGAGAAAGAAUGUUCAACAUGUAAAAUCCCGAAACCCGCUAGAUCCAAGCAUUGCAGCAUCUGCAAUCGUUGUGUGGCUCGGUUUGAUCAUCAUUGUGGGUGGAUGAAUAACUGCAUAGGAGAAAGAAAUACCAGAUACUUCUUGGCUUUUCUUUUAUGGCAUUUCCUUCUUUGCCUGUAUGGAGCAGUGGCCAUCGGGUUGGUUCUUGCAGGACGACUAAAAGAACUGCGUGUUGUACAUAUCUUUACCGUCUAUUAUGGGAUAGACAAUUCUUUCAGUAGCUUAGCUCCACUUGUUUUAAAGUGGCUUAUGGGUUCAUACAACACUCAGAUACUUCUCACGACGUUUCUUGCCAUUGUAUCUCUCCUGCUUGCUGGUUUCUUCGGUUACCAUCUCAAUCUCUGCCUAACCAACACUACCACUAACGAGACAUUCAAGUGGAACGAGUACAUAAGCUGGAAGAAGAAGGUAAGCGAAGCUAAGGCAAGUGCUGCGGCUCUGAAAGCAAGCGUUGAAGGAAUGACCAGUGAACGGAAACUCCCAGAGGGCAAAUGCAAAGCAUUGUGCAGAAGAAGGUCUGCACUUGAAGGAGCAGAAGCCAUUGUCAAGCGAAACAUCUAUGACAGAGGAAGCUUCUGGAACAUUUCAGAAAUCGUGUUUCCUUUAUCUUCUAGACAGUCUUUUCGAAAGAUAAAGCCAAAAUCUGGAUAAGUUUCUUGACUGGUUUUGUUCUUCCUCAGUUCUUGAUCUCAAUGCAACUUAGAUUUGGUGAUAUCAUAUGUGGGUCUUUAUUCU